GGUUUGAACAAGUGCCCAGCUGAUGAUCUUAAUUGGCCAUCUGCAAUGAUGAGUACACCGGACUGUGGUGAAAUCACUGGUUCAGAUGCAAUUUCACAGCAAGUAAAACUUCUCUCUGAGGUAGAUGAACAGAGUAGAGAAACAGUGAAUGAAUUGUAUUCAAAACUCUACAAAGAGGCUGCGAAGAUCAAGCAGUGGAAAGUAACUGUAGAGUCAGAACUAAAGCAGAAAGAAAGAAAACUGGAAGAAAAUAGAAAGACCAUUGAAGCACAGCAUAAAGCCAUUCAAGAAUUGCAGUGUGAAAAAGAAAAACUACAUUUAAAACUGGAAGACGAGAUAUGUGAAAAUAAAGAUCUCUUAAAACAAAACAGUGCUUCAAGGCAUCUGUGUAAUCUGCUCAAGAAAACCUGUACUCAGUUCACAGAGAAGUCCGCCAAAUAUGAACAUGAAAAAGAAGCAGCAAAACAACUGUAUGUGGAACUUAACAACAAUCUUGAAAGAAUGAUAGCGGCAUUUCAAGAGCUUCGUGUGCAAGCAGAGAACACCAGAUUGGAAAUGUGUUUCAAAUUAAAGGAAGAAGCAGAAAAAGUGGACAAGUUUGAAAAAGAAUGCAAACUGGAAGCCGAUAUGAAAGAAAAGCAGAUUUCAGUUCUUACCAUACAGAGUGGUGAAAAAGAUGAUAUAAUAAGAGACAUCAAAGCUCAGCUUCAGGAAUCCAGAAAUAUGAUCGCCAACUUAGUAGAAGCAAAAAGACAUGAAGGAGAAAUCUUGAAAGAAUCCCAGAUCAAUCAAGAACACUUGAGGGCAGAACUGGAAGAGGCCAAAGUUUCAUUGCAAAAAACAGAGGUUACACAAAAAAACUUAGAAACCGAAUUGCAGACUGCAGUGAAAGAAUUAAUUCGGGUCACUGAAGAAAAAGAAGCACAGGUGGAAGAAUGUAAAAAAACUAAAGCUUUGCAUGCAUCCCUAAGAGAGGAGUUUGAGACUUCUGUUGCCAGUUUGAAAAGCUUGCUGCAAAAAGAGCAAAAUAGAUUGGAGAAAUAUGAAGAUGAGUCAAAGCUACGUACCUUGGAGCUCAAAAAUAAGUCUGCUGAACUGGAAGAGAUGACUAAACUAAAAUGUGAGAAAGAAAUGCAACUUGAAGAGCUGUCAGAAACACUGGGAAAAGUUGAAGCACUUCUAGUGAAGAAGAAGGAUCUUGAGGCUACUGUAGAAAAUUUGCAGGAGAGAGAAAAAGAAAUGAAAAAUGCGCUCCAAAUCAGAGAGAAAGAAAUCCAUGACUUGAAAGUACAACUGACUAGUACAGCUGAAAAGGAACAAAAUUAUUUAAAAGAGCUUAUGACACUGCAUACAGAUCUUGAACGAGAGGCGCUAAAGAAUGAACAACAAACAGUGUAUAUCAACAAGCUUUUAUUAGAAAAAGAACAAAUAGCACAAGAGAAAAGUGAUAUGGCUACAGAACUCAAGAAACUGCAAGAAAGUCAUGAGGGUAUUAGAAAAAAAGAAGAAAGUACAAAGCAGUUAGUUGAAAAGCUGGAAGAAGCAAAUGGCCAGCUAAGAAAUGAACUGGAGUCUCUGAAGGAGAUGGCAAAGAAAGGUGAAGAGAUUAAAAGUCAACUGGAUGAAAGAGAAGAAAAUGCUAAGAGUAUUGAAAAUGAAAUUUCAAGGAAGGAAAAGCAGUUGAAGAUUCUAGAAAAUAAGUUGAGUAAUUUAAAGAAACAGGUGGAAAAUAAAGCCAAGUGCAUUGAAGAGUUGCAACAGGAGAAUAAGGUGCUGAAAAAGAAAAUUACUGCAGAAAUCAAGAAAACAAGUAUUUUUGAAGGGAAGGUGAAUAAAUUACAGUUAGAGAUGGAAAAUAGGAACAAGCAACAUGAGGAAACAGUUGACAUCUAUCAAAAAGACAUUGAAACAACAAAAGUAAAUGAAAAUAAACUUCUUGAAGAGGUAGAAAAGAUGAGGUUGCUUGCUGAUGAAGCAACAAUAAGACAGAGAGAAAUUGAUAUCCGAUGUCAACACAAGAUAACUGAAAUGGUGGCACUUAUGGAAAAACACAAGCAUGAAUAUGACAAAAUAGUUGAAGAAAAAGAUAGAGAGUUAAAACAUUAUAAAAUUAAAGAGCAAGAGCAGUUAUCAUCAAAAAGAUCAUUGGAAAGUGAGCUGUCAUGUUUGAAAAGCGAACUGUCAUCUCUUAAGGAACAACUUAAAGCAGAAAUUGAAGAGAAGACAUAUAUUAUAAAGACUCCUCCAAUACAUGAACUGCAAAGUGAAAGCACAAAUCUGCGUUCAGAACAGUGCACGAGGAAAAAGCAAAGAGUGCUUCUACGGCUGGAUGCUCAGUCAGAUAGCUCUGAACACAGUGACCUCCUGAGCCUCAUCUUAGAGGAAGAAAUGUUUCAAAAAUUGUAUAAAGAUGAUCCUCAAGCUUCACAAUUAUAUGCCGUGACACCAAAAAAGAAACCAACUAUAUCAAAUGAAAAAUCUCCAGGCUCUGCACUGAAACGUAAAGCCGUGAGAAGAAUGCGAGGGGCUGGAGGGACUGCAGUUUCUCAAAUGGACAGCAAAAGAAAAAUUAAAGAAGCUGAAAAGCUCUUUACUUAA